UUAAAAACUUAAAACUGACUAUGCUCAAACUUUGGCAACUUAGCUUUUCUGUCUUCUGCAUUCCGGCAAGGCUAUGCUUCUUUGAACGACACAUAGUCCAUAUCGUUAUCAAGCCCCGACAACGAGGACUAAAGGCGUAAAUGCUACUGUGGGAACAUUCGCUUCUACAGCAAGAAUCUGGGAUCCUGCCGGAGCGUGAUGCUCCCCGGCAAGCGUGUCAGGACAUAGCUUGUCGGGAGCGUCUGCUUCAAUGAAACAAACCCUAGGGCUUGUCGGAGCAGACGGCUCCUCAGCGCUUUCUGUGUUGAUCCUGGGGGCCUUCUUGGCGGCGGCUCCGGGGAGCUCUGCCGGAAAGUAGUCGCCAGUAACCAACCCUUUUCUUUAUUUUGGUUACAUAGGUUCAUCCUUGCCGGAAUCAGAACUUGUCGAGGGAGCCCCCUGCUUGUCGCUGGAGACCGCACUGCGCUCGUGCCAGCGUGUUGACGCGUACGUUGGCCUUGAGCGUCCCGCGACCCACCAGCUUGGCCUUGUUCCAACGCGAGCACGGCGCCAGGAGCGCCGUGGCAUUGUCGAUCUUGCACCUCCUGGGAGGGGUGCGGUGGAUGUGCAGACGCUGAACCUUGCGGGGCCUUGUCCUUGGAGCGGGUGACGAUGUGAGUCCCCCCGCUGGCGCCCGCUCCUCUGCCGGCGUCCACCCCACCGCCUGUUUGCUCCGGUGGCGGUAGGACAGUCGCAGACGGAGCGGCUACCUCCGAAGUUUUCUUCUUCGGUGGCAUGUUGAUGAAGAUGCUGAUGUAGCGCGCGCAGACGCCGGAUCAGAUGCUCACGACCUCGACGCCCCCCACCUGGCGCGCCAAAGAUGUCGUGGCCGCUUCUGUGGGGGCACGAGCACCUAUGGGGCAGGGGGGCCCCUUCUAGUCCGGCAAGGGAGCGGAGGGCGCACGCAGAUCAUAUCGAGGCGGGAGCGCGCGGGGGAUUUUACCCAGCUUCGGAGCUCUCCGGAGAGAUAAAACUCCUACUGCUGCUUUGUGUUCGUAUUAUGUUCUUGCUCAAGAGUGUGAGCGUGUUGUGGUGUUGGAUGUCUUGGAUGAACCGAGCCUGCUGCGGAACCAAAAAAUUCUGAACCUCUUCUAUGUGCGCAUGGGCCUCCCUUUUAUAGCCUAAGGGGGUCGCCGACAGGUGGCAGCGUAGAAAGAGGGGUAGAAAGGUAAAAACGCAGGUUGGUACAACAGUGUCCAACAGUGUCCCCUACCUAACUCUGAUGGCAGGGGACAAGGGCAUUUAAUGCCCGUCCGGUCGCCCCAACAGUGCAAGGAAACGACCGUUAGGGGCGCCACCGAUCGCCACAACGGCCUCCUUGUCAGCUUUGCUUGCCACCUCGCACCGCAUGGCUGCACAGCGCCUCGCCACGUGCUCCUUGGAUGGCCCUGGGGUGACACGUCGUUGGAUGCGCUGGAGCUUGGGUGCAGAGUGGCAGCCUUGCCGCGGCAAGUGCCUUGCCGCGGCCGUUGUCUUGUCGCACCAGCAAGCUUGCCGCUCGCCGGGCCUUGCCGGGACGCGCGGGGCGUUGCGGCAAGUUUUCUGAAGUGUCUUGAUUGGCUUUCCCGGCAAGCUCCUCUUGCCGGGGUCUUGUCCUUCCCGGCAAGCUCCUCUUGCCGGGGCCUUGUACUUCCCGGCAAGCUCCUCUUGCCGUGGCCUUGUCUUCUUAGUAAAUACUUUGCUCUUGAAUGGCAGUAAGAUAGGAAUGGCGGAGGAUCUUGGCGGGCGCCCGGCAAGCCUCGCCGCGGGGUGCUGCGACUGCCCGUGCACAAAUUCGGGGUACUAAGGCAGUGGAUGUCCCCAGGUCUCCGGCAAUCAAUGUCGUUUGUGGGAGCGCAACUCAAGCGCAAGGCUGGGCCAUGCCAGGUUCUAGUGUGCAUGCUCCUCCUACUGGAUUUUGUGUGGACCAUGCGACAGAGAUACCAGGAGAGAUUCUUGAUGCGUUUAGGGAGGCAGUGGAGCAUGGACUGAAGCAGCGUCAGCAGGAAUUCAUCAAAAUGGUGGAGACACUAGUCAAAGUGCUUGAAGAAAUCAAGACCAAGGCUGAUGCUAAACGGCAGAGAGACCUGGAGGACACACUUGGCGAUUUUAUCAACCGAGUGAAGAGGCAAGCUCCGAUGGCUGCCACAUUUCCUAAUGUGAGCCAAACCUUGCAUCGGCCCAGGGCAAGUACAGAUAUUACGCAAGAUCUGGCUGAAACCUCAAGGGAAGCUGCUAGGGCUUUGAUGUCAGUAGUUUUAGUUAAUGAAGAGACGCGUGGCAGACCAGAGACGAGUGCGAUGGGGGGUGCAUCAACGCCUAUGCAAGGAACUGACAUCAACUCACAAGCAGCAGUGCAUGCAAAUGCACGUGGUAAAGAUGUUGCUGUGCAAGCUGGUCUUGAUGAACCAGUGGAGAAGACUAUGAUCGUGGACAACAAAGGAAAGGGGCCGGCUGUUGACUUAGUCUACCGUAGGCGCACUUGACAAACUACCAUGCAUGAGGUCCUGGGAGUGGGAGGAGCUUCUUCUAGGGAUCAGGCUGUGCCUGUCCAUCACCAGGUGAUGGCAGCGGUGAUGGCACCGUUAUACGCUGAUAUGAGUGAAGUCGUUGAGCCGGAUGCUUUGCAACAGCAACAUGAUCUUGCUAGGGGCAUUGCCACGACCAUUCCCAUAUGCAACAGGAGGCUUGCACUGCCUGAUUAUGGUGAACAGAGCCGGCCGGGCCCACUUGCGGUUGUUCCUGCUUUGCCACCUGCCCGUGAUUAUGGGUGAGGGAGUCCUGGACUAGGGGGUGUCCGGACAGCCGGACUAUCAUCGUUAGCCGGACUCCAAGACUAUGAAGAUACAAGAUUGAAGACUUCGUCCCGUGUCCGGAUAGGACUUUUCUUGGCGUGGAAGGCAAGCUUGGCGAUACGGAUAUGUAGAUCUCCUACCAUUGUAACCGACUCUGUGUAACCCUAGCCCUCUCCGAUGUCUAUAUAAACUGAAGGGUUUUAGUCCGUAGGACGACAACCAUUACAACAAUCAUACCAUAGGCUAGCUUCUAGGGUUUAGCCUCCUUGAUCUCGUGGUAGAUCCACUCUUGUACUACCCAUAUCAUCAAUAUCAAUCAAGCAGGAGUAGGGUUUUACCUCCAUCGAGAGGGCCCGAACCUGGGUAAAAACA